AUGCCAAUUUCAUUUCGGUUCCCAUUUCAGGUUUUGAUUCAAUUUAUUAUUUUUCCUUUUUUAUUUUUUUUUUUUUUUUCUUCUUCCCUAUUCGCGCCUAGUUCCCGUUUUUAUUUUGCUUCACUCCGCGCGGUGCAGUGCGGUUCUUCUUGCAUUUUUUUCUUUUUCCUAGCCCCGUUUCAUCAUCGAUAUCGAAUCUAUGACCACAUUUUUUAUUUUCUUCUUUGUAACCACUUUGAGUUUAUAAUAACCUCGUGGUUACCACUACUAUAUAUUGGAUCAUGUAUUGUUUAUAUCAAUUUAAGAAGUAUGGCUGAAAAUGAAAGAAAACUAAACAAAUUAAAAGAAUAUAAUCCUAGACGGAAUAAAAAGAAAAGGCCAAGUUCAUGUAAACCAAUGCUACCAAAAGAUGUGGCAUCAUUUUUUUUUUUUUUUUUUUUUUUUUUGUUUUGGAAUAUUUUUCUAGAAGAACUUUGGAACAGCCGGUUCCUACAAAUUGAUCCCGUCAAUUCCUGCAACAUAAUUUUUAACCACGUCUCCUCCCCCCCCCCUUGGAAAGCUAAGAUUACGUUUGCUUUUGAUCAUUCCACAACAACAAUAAUAAUAAUAAUAAUCUCAGCCUCUUCACUGUAA